AUGACAGAAGCAUUCCAAGGCAGACCAGUACUAUCAUUCUUCGUAUUAUAUUCUUGUUUCUUGGAAGGUUUAAAACUAAUAUCGAUUGCGCAUUUAUGUUAUUUAAAGAAGUAUCCGUUUGUGCAAGAGUUUAAUCGUAGUCGUCGUCGUGAAGUCAAGAGUAGUCCCGCGAUGGAUGGAGCCCCAUUUCCGGAUAUUCAAACUGCCAUUCAACGUGCAGUGACAGCCAG